GGCACGGAGACUUGGCAACUCAUACCUUUCUCGGCCUUUUGGCUAAGAUCAAGUGUAGUAUCUGUUCUUAUUAGUUUAAUAUCUGAUAUGUGGUACAUCGGGUCACACGAUAUUAACUCUAUUUUUUAAAGGAGAAAGCCCAUUAAAAUAGCUUGCUAUCUGGCUCAAUUCGCCAAGUCUCAGUUUAAAUUUUGGUCCUUCGAUUUAUAAGAUUUUAUAUUCAGGUCCCUUUAUUAAUCGAUUUAUACCAUUCUCACAUCCAUGUGAUUUAAGUUCACAUCCAUGUGAUUUAAGUUCAAGUGAGCUAUAACGAGCCAAUAUGAUUUUAGUGGUGAAAUAAGGCCCAGCAUAAAGGAGCUAGGGUUUUCAAUAUAUUCACAAGCCUACAAGAUGAUAGGUUGGAUCCAAUGAUCCAGUGUCGUUAACCACUCGAAGAAUUAGGGUUAAUCUCAUAUUCCUUCGACCACCUAUUUGCUCCAUACCCUUUUGUGUUUUCACGACAACCUUCCUGUCGUGUUUCAAGUAGAGAAGGCUUUAUCUUUUCGUCUUUGGUUGCAGUAUUUGGCAAGUGAAAUUAAAAAAAAAAAGAAAAGCAAAGCAUUGUUAUGGAUAGGUUAAGUCAAUUGCCAGAUGAUUUACUCAUCAAGAUACUGUCCUUUGUCCCGACCAAAUGUGCCGUGGCUACGAGCAUUUUGUCUAAACGAUGGCUGUCUCUUUGGACACUGGUGGCAAGUCUUGUCUUUGAGGAUUUCUCAGAGGAGGAAGAUGAAGAGAUUAAUGAAAUCCAUGUCAGAAGCCUGUCGCAGUUUGUGUCAGGGACUUUGCUAUUACACAAAGCAGCUGUCCUAGAAAGGUUUCAUCUCAACAGCGCGUCAGAAUGUAGCCCUUGGGAGAUUGGUUUAUGGGUUAGAAUCGCAGUCGAUCGCUUUGUGCGUGACUUGAAAAUAAGUUUCUGUUAUGAUCAUUGUCUUGUUAACUUGCCGAGUAGGUUGUUUAGAUGCGAGACACUUGAGACUUUACAACUCCGUAGGGUGAUUCUUUCGGAAGUUCCUUGUCGGUUAAGCUUUCCAUCCCUCACGAAGUUGCGCCUUCUAUCUGUCAAGUACUCAGACGAUGGAUCUUUCUCUAGGAUUGUUUCAAACUGUCCCAUCCUUGAUGAUUUAGUUGUAGAGACUUGUCACGGAGACAAUGUGGCGACUUUCACCGUGCACUUGCCUUCCUUACAGAGUUUAUCCUUUAGGAAUACGGUGCGAGAGUCCCCACCUGAUGAUCAUUUGUUCGCGAUACAUUCCCAGUCUUUGAAGCAGUUGGACAUUGUGGACUACUUUGGUGAACUUAAACUAAUCGGUAAUCUUCCCAAACUCGUCGAGGCCAAUCUUCAAUCUAUGUCCUACCACGCCAACGUCCUGGAGUCUUUUACCUUUGUCAGGCGUCUUUAUGUAUGCUUAGAUGGAGAGGUAACUUGUUCUUACUAGCUUUUAUAUCAUUAGCUAGUUUUUAAUAAAUUGUUUCCUUUGCUUAUAUCAUGUUAUAUUAUAUGUGCAGGCUCAGUAUCCUUUUGGUACAGUUUUGUUUCAGCUAGUGCGUUUGGAGCUAUGUUCA